GCCUAGUCAGACGUCUGGAAUAAGCGAGUGGGCAGCCCUCCCGAGCCCUUUAUAAGACGAGCGUUUCCGAGUUGUCAGUACACCAGAUCGUCCCCAGUCGGAUAGCUCCACAGAGCAAACGUACCUGAAUCUUUUACCCAUUUACUCGUCCAAAGAAACCCUAAUCAAUCAACAUGUGUGACGAUGAUGUUGCCGCUUUGGUUGUGGACAACGGAUCCGGUAUGUGCAAGGCUGGAUUCGCCGGAGAUGACGCCCCUCGUGCCGUCUUCCCAUCUAUCGUCGGCCGCCCGCGCCACCAGGGUGUCAUGGUGGGUAUGGGUCAAAAAGACUCGUACGUCGGUGACGAAGCCCAGUCCAAACGUGGUAUUUUGACUUUGAAAUACCCGAUUGAGCACGGAAUCAUCACCAACUGGGACGACAUGGAGAAGAUCUGGCAUCACACCUUCUACAACGAAUUGCGUGUCGCCCCUGAGGAGCACCCCAUUCUCCUGACUGAAGCUCCCCUCAACCCCAAGGCUAACCGUGAAAAGAUGACCCAGAUCAUGUUCGAGACCUUCAACUGCCCGGCCAUGUACGUCGCCAUCCAGGCUGUGCUCUCCCUGUACGCUUCCGGUCGUACCACCGGUAUCGUUUUGGACUCUGGUGAUGGUGUCUCUCACACCGUUCCCAUCUAUGAAGGUUACGCUCUGCCCCACGCCAUCCUCCGUCUGGACUUGGCCGGCCGUGACUUGACUGACUACUUGAUGAAGAUCUUGACUGAGCGCGGUUACAGCUUCACCACCACCGCCGAGCGUGAAAUCGUUCGUGACAUCAAGGAGAAAUUGUGCUACGUCGCCCUAGACUUCGAACAGGAAAUGGCCACCGCCGCUGCCUCCACCUCCUUGGAGAAAUCCUACGAAUUGCCCGAUGGCCAGGUCAUCACCAUCGGUAACGAACGUUUCCGUUGCCCCGAAGCCCUCUUCCAGCCCUCAUUCUUGGGUAUGGAAUCCUGCGGCAUCCACGAGACGGUCUACAACUCGAUCAUGAAGUGUGACGUCGACAUCCGUAAGGAUCUGUACGCCAACACUGUCCUCUCCGGUGGCACCACCAUGUACCCCGGUAUUGCUGAUCGUAUGCAAAAGGAAAUCACUGCCCUCGCCCCAUCCACCAUCAAGAUCAAGAUCAUCGCUCCCCCUGAGCGCAAAUACUCCGUCUGGAUCGGUGGCUCCAUCUUGGCCUCUCUAUCCACCUUCCAACAGAUGUGGAUCUCCAAGCAGGAAUACGACGAGUCCGGCCCUGGCAUUGUCCACCGCAAAUGCUUCUAAGUCAUCUGUCUAGCACUAUACGACGGGAGAAGGAGGCAAACCUCGCUCUCCACCUUAUGUAGGCCUAAUGCCAUGAAUUUACUGGGCGCUGCUUUUUUUACUUCUUGUUGUUCUUGAUUUGUUGCUAUAUUAUUUUGAAAUUCGUUUUUUUUUUUUUUUUUUUGUUGACCAAAUUUUUACUGUCAACCUAACUUUUUUGUUGUUUCAGUUCGAGGGAUUGUAUCUUGGAAACGAUGAGAUUGUGUCAAACCAACAUGCAGUUGAUUUGUGAAUGCAAGUUCAGCUAUCCGAAA